AGGACGGGCGUAUUAAAAAAGCAAAACAUGUGUUCCGCGAUUGUUGUCCGUGUCCGGAACCUUUAUUUUCGCCGCUGCUCCACCCGUCAAUAAAUCGGCAACGCACCGUGCAGAAGACGUUGUUGUAGCAACCACAGGGCGUCAUGCGUACACGUCAGUCUGUUGACUCGGUUUAAUUUAGGAACCGUAACGUUAUUUGUCGACGCUACAAUCUGUCGAGUUACCGCUUGGUUUUGACCAAGUGAUUAAUUAGCGUUGGCUUUCUCUUCGCUACUUCCCUGACCUGUUGUUUCACAUUUAAAAAAAAAUCACUCUUGGAUUAUUCCGCUUCCUGCGUACGCCGCUUUCGGGGUUUUAUCGGGGCCAGAAUUUAAAAAAAAUAAAAUCACCGUCCGGUCAGUAGAUGGCAGUGUUGUAUAGCGAAAGCAACAAAAAAGAAGAAGAAGAAGAAGAAGAAGAAGAAGAAGAAGAAGAAGAAGAAGAAGAAGAAGAAGAAGAAGAAGAAGAAGAAGAAGAAGUUGUCCGUGUCCGGAACCUUUAUUUUCGCCGCUGCUCCACCCGUCAAUAAAUCGGCAACGCACCGUGCAGAAGACGUUGUUGUAGCAACCAGAAGGCGUCGUGCGUACCUGUCGGUGUUUCCUCGGUGUAGUUUAGGAACCUUGUGUGUCGGGGCGGCGCAGCGGUGGUGGAGUUAACGCUCGGGUUUGGCUAGUUGGGGUCGUGUUGGCUUAUUCUCCGCUAGUUCGCCGACCAGCGCUGCUUCGCUACCUUAGCCACUUGGCACAAAUCAGCAGCGUCUUGCUGUUGCUGUUUUGGUUUUUUGUUCCCCUUUGAGGGGUUGCGAUCAGAUUGCAGUAAGUAUAUAUAUAUAUAUAUAUAUAUAUAUAUAUAUUUAUGUAAUUGUAGUUUGCUGCAACGUUUGCAGCUCUCGUCCACACGAGUCAUGCCGCUGGUCAGCAGCCUCGUGCCGGCACGGUUUCUGACCAUCACAGCACACCUCGUCAUCGUCAUCACCAUCUUUUGGUCGAGGGAACACAACGUCAAGGCUUGCCUGCCUUUGGAUUAUACUCAAGAGCAAUACGACAGUGAAGACACAAAGUUGGUGGUGGCAUUGGCAGUUACUCUGGGUCUGUUCGCUGUAGAGCUGGCUGGCUUCUUCUCGGGGGUAUCCAUGUUCAACUGCACCCAGGGUCUUCUGUCCACAGCAGUCCACGCCAGUGCCUCUGUGGCUCUGCUUUUCUUUUUAUUUGAGCAAUGGGAGUGUGACAUCUACUGGUGGAUCCUUGCCAUUUGCAGUGUGCUUCCUGCAUUGGUGGAAUUUCUCCUAUUUAUUGCUGUAUUUGGACUGAAGAAAAAGCCACUAUAACCAAGGGGUGUUUAUCCAACAGAAUGGUCAUAAAUGAACAUUGUUGACCCAGUUUGGUGGCAUAUGUCUAGUUAGAGAGGUUAUCUUUUAUGUAGCAGAGUGUGAACUGAAAAGAGAGUUUUGACUGAGCUAGAUAGCUGAUUUUGUUAACAUGGUAUUUUUGUACAUUACUUGGUUUUCAUUUUAUUUCAAGUCAAGGGGUCAUAUAAUCACGUCCGCUGUAAUCUUAUGCAUGUUUGUCUUUGACAGUAUGGGUAGGGAGAAGCAUUGGUCUCACCAUGCUUAGCUGGGCUCUCUGUACAGCUUGAUAUGAAUGUGUAUCAUUAUCAUAAGGUAUCCUCGUCUCACAGAAUUGUGAGUGUAACCGAGGGUUUGUAGAUGUCGCCUAUACUGUAUGAAACUAUAAAAUAACAAAUACGGAGGCUCCACUUUCACACGAGGACCACUUUAAUUGGAUUCUUCCCCCAACAGAACUCCACAGCCACAACACUGCGUACAGCACUUCCGCUCUCUCUUCAGCCUUCAAAAUAAGAGCUCAGGGCAUAUACUGUGGCAACAGCUUAUAACAGGAACUUAAAAUCACUAACAGGCAAGUCCAGAAAAAUGGGUUACAUGAGUACAAAUUUGUUGUUGUUCUCGAGCUAAAAUGUCAUCAAAGGACCGCGAUAAGGGGCAGUUCCCGGCGUACUCUGUAGCGAACUGCUGCCUGGAUGUG